CGGGCAGCGCCAGCUCCGCGCACCGCCAUGGCUUCCCCGCACAAGGCCAAGGACGUCUUCUCCUCGGACGAGGAGGGCGCGGCGGCCGGCGCCGAGGAGCACCACAAAGUGAAGGUGUCGAGCCUGCCGUUCAGCGUGGAAGCGCUCAUGUCCGACAAGAAGCCGCCGCCGCCCCCCAAGGAGCCGCCGCUGCCCGCGGCCGGCGGCAGCGCGGACGGGGCGGCCGUGGGCACCUCCAGGAACCUGCUGCUGGCGGGCCACGGCUCCCGCGACGCGCACAGCCCGCCCGGGGCGCUUACAAAACCCUUCGACACCGCCUCGGUGAAGUCGGAGAACUCGGAGGACGGCUCGUCCUGGAUCCCUCAGGAGGCCGGCAGAUAUUCCCCGCCGCCAAGACACCUGAGCCCCACUGCCUGCACCCUGAGGAAGCACAAGACCAACAGGAAGCCCCGCACGCCGUUCACCACCUCGCAGCUGCUGGCUCUGGAGCGCAAGUUCCGCCAGAAGCAGUACCUGUCCAUCGCCGAGAGGGCCGAGUUCUCCAGCUCCCUCAACCUCACAGAGACCCAGGUCAAAAUCUGGUUCCAGAACCGGAGGGCCAAGGCCAAGAGACUGCAGGAGGCCGAGCUGGAGAAGCUCAAAAUGGCAGCCAAGCCCAUGUUGCCCUCGGGGUUCAGCCUCCCUUUCCCCAUCAACUCCCCCAUCCAGGCUGCCUCGCUGUACGGCACAUCCUACCCUUUUCACAGACCUGUGCUCCCCAUCCCGCCCGUUGGACUCUACGCCACCCCCGUUGGAUACAGCAUGUACCACUUAUCCUAAGAAGAUCCGACAGACAAAGCCUCAGACAGACAGACAGACAGACAGACUUCCUGGUGGAUCCUGUCCAGCCCUGAGAAGGCAGAACCCCAACCAGUGCUGGCCGUUCCUUCUGCACGCUUCUAUCUGGCAUCCUGAGUUGUUCUGGGAGUUUGCUACGGGUUGGGCGUCUCCUGAGAGUGCUCUGAGCACUCAGAGUCUGAUCCUCAAAGCAAAAAAAAAACCAAAAAAAACCAAAAAAAAGCAUAAAAAUCAACAAAAAAAAUUUAUUUGUGAGUAAAUGUAGGGGUUUUAUCCAGUGCAAGUAAAACUAGGUUAAAAAAGAGUGGGUGAAAAAGCGAAUUUAUUAUAUGGAGGCAGAAAUUCCCCGACACCUUCCCGGCGGGGCCCAAUGGGUUUAAAAAGAGAGGGGUGAGUGCCCUUGAGCCAUGCUCUAAGUUACCAUCCCCUCACCUGGGGGCAGGGGGGAGGGAAAUAAAAAGGUCUAAUCGAA